AAUGAAGAGUGUGGGAGCAUACGAGGAGCAUGCGAAGAAAGAGCACGUGUGUGGGCGUCCACUUGGGUUGUGCUUUAGCAUGGUAUCCAAUGAACUUUAUAUUGCAGAUGCUUACACGGUUAUUGUUGUUGGCCCCCAUGGUGGCACUCCAUCAAGACCCCCCCCUUCCCCAAAAAAAAAUAUCACUUUAGAUGUACAAGAACAAAAAGAACCCUUGGCUUUCACAAAUGGUUUGGAUGUUGAUCAACGAACUGGUGCAGUCUACUUCACCACCAGUAGUUCUAAAUAUCAAAGGAGGAAUUACAUCUCUUUGAUCUUGAGCAGAGAUAAAUCGGGGAGGCUGAUGAAAUACGAGCCAGAAACUGAACAACUUAGCAUUGUUCUAAACAAUCUCUCAUUUGCAAACGGUGUAGCAUUAAGCAAAGAUGGUGAUUACUUCUAAUAUGAGAGACACAACAUGCAGAGUAUUUAAGGUAUUGGCGAGAAAACUCCUCCAAAAAGCUGGAACAUGGAAGUGUUUUUGCGAAGUUACCAUGUUUCCCAGACAACAUAAAACUAAGUCCCAGAGGGGGGUUUUGGGUGUGAAUUUUACUCAAGAAGAGAGAAAUUUAUCGAAUGGAUUCUAUCAUAUCCAUGGAUUGGAAAAGUUUUGCUUUCACUUCCUUUGGACGUUACAAAAGCUUAUUCAUAUUUGGCUAAGUUAAAAAGAAGCAGUGGAAUGGCAAUUAGGCUAAGUGAGGAUGGAGAUAUAUUAGAAGUUGUUGAAGACAAAAAAUGGAACAAAGGAAGGUCUAUUAGUGAAGUGGAGGAAAGAGAUGGAAUAUUAUGGGUUGGAUCCAUUGAUGCACCUUUUGUUUCUAAAUAUAAUAUUCCUGUGUCAAAACAAAACAACUGGUAAAAGAAAUUUGAAGAUAUACUUGUAUUGUUUUCCACUGUGAUGUUGUUUUAGAUUUCUAAUUUGGAAUAUCAAUAUGUCAACCCUUGCACAAAACUCCA